AUAUGGGUCUAUUGAGUGAAGGCAGUCCCAUGUCAUGGGAAGAAACCAAAGCACUGGCCCAGCAUGUACGUGAACAUGGCAUACAACAGUUCAUAAAUCUUUAUCAUCGGCUAAAAGAUCGUCAAGGUGACGUUUUGAAAUGGGGCGAUGAAGUUGAAUAUAUUAUUGUGAAAUUCGAUGAACAGAAUCGUGUGGCACGUGUCUCCCUUAAGGCUCAAAGUCUGUUGGCAAAAUUAAAUGAAAAAGAAAUGACCGAUCCACAGGGUGUCAAAUCACUGUGGCGUCCCGAAUAUGGUGCCUACAUGAUUGAGGGCACUCCCGGCAAGCCAUUUGGCGGUUUAAUGGCUCAUUUCAAUUUGGUAGAGGCCAAUAUGCGCUACCGUCGUCAGGAGGUCACCGAACUUUUGGAAAAGGACGAAUGUGUUAUGUCGAUAACGAAUUUCCCACGUUUAGGUUGUCCCGAAUUUACACAUCCCAUAUACAAUCCCAAUCCCGAUGAUCCAAAUGGUUCAGCCAAAUCUCUAUAUUUCCCCGAUGAGGCCAUUUUCCCCGGUCAUCCACGUUUCAAGACUCUAACACGCAACAUACGCAUGCGUCGCGGCGAAAAGGUGGCCAUCAAACUAAAAGUUUUCAAGGAUGAAAACACCAAGUUACCCGUUGAAGGUAGUCCGGUCAAUGAACCAGAUGUAGUAUUACUAGACGCUAUGGGUUUUGGCAUGGGUUGCUGUUGUCUACAGUUAACAUUCCAAGCUUGCAAUAUAACCGAGGCUCGUACCUUGUACGAUCAGUUGGCACCGUUGUGUCCAAUUAUGUUGGCCCUAACUGCGGCUUCUCCUAUUUAUCGAGGCUAUUUAACGGAAUCUGAUUGUCGCUGGAACGUCAUCAGUUCGUCGGUGGAUUGUCGCACCCAAGAAGAGAGAGGCCUUAAACCAUUAAAGCACAAUAAAUUCCGUAUUGCAAAGUCACGCUACGAUUCAAUCGAUUCAUACCUCUCACCUGAAGGUGAACAAUACAAUGACGUGCCCUUAACCUACGACGAACAGGUAUAUGAAACUUUGCUGGAUGGUGGCAUUGAUCAUCUGCUAGCCCAACAUGUGGCACAUCUUUUUAUACGCGACACCGUAUCUCUGUUCAGUGAAAAGAUCCAUCAAAACGACGAAGAAGAUACCGAUCACUUUGAGAAUAUCCAAUCGACCAAUUGGCAAACAAUGCGUUUCAAGCCACCACCACCAAACUCUUCGAUUGGAUGGCGUGUCGAAUUUCGACCAUGUGAAGCUCAAAUCAGUGAUUUUGAAAAUGCAGCCUUUGUAUGUUUUGUCGUAUUGCUGACACGCGUCAUACUUUCGUAUCAGUUGAAUUUCCUAAUACCGAUCAGCAAGGUGGAUGAGAAUAUGCAGAGAGCCCAGAAACGUGAUGCUUGUCGUAAAGAGAAAUUCUGGUUCCGUAAAAAUGUUCGCAAAUCACAAAAACAAACAACAAAUGGUUAUACAAAUGGAUCGAAUGGCACCACUGCUGCAGUACAUCAAAACGGCAGCAGUAAUGAUGAUGAAUAUGAACUAAUGUCGAUUGGAGAGAUAUUUAAUGGCAAAGCCGAUUGUUUUCCUGGUUUGGUGCCACUAAUACGCAGUUACUUACAAUCAAUGGAAGUCGAUACAGAUACCCAUUGCACUAUUGAACAAUAUUUGCGUUUUAUUGAACGACGUGCAUCCGGUGAACUGGUGACAACUGCCACCUGGAUGAGAGAGCAGGUCUUGAAACAUCCCGACUAUAAAAAAGAUUCCGUUGUUAGCGAUAGCAUUAAUUAUGAUAUCCUUAAGAAAAUUGAAGCCAUACAAAAAGGCAAUUUAAUUGAGCCAACAUUGCUGGGCCAAGGCAAUCAUACAAAAACAAAAGAUUUCAUACCGCUGGCCAUACAGAAGCAUUUGAGUGGCUGUUGUGAAAGCAUAUGACCAAAUGCAGGUGAUACUUACAAAUAUGGUAACGACAAGAACGAGGAUGCUGAUGAUGAUGGCGAUGAUCGUGUUGAUGCUGACG